GUUAUGUCGACGAUUACAUCCCCUCCGCGGUCUAAUACCAAUGCACGUAGAAGCCAACAAUAUGGGCGAAGUCUAAUAAGGGUGUCCUCUCCCGACAUGAACGUGACAUGGUUGUACUAGAAGCGAUCGCUCGUCCUACCAUUGACAAAGCAAUGGCCGCACUGGAGCGCAAGGCCCAAAUAUACGACAAGCUACAAAAGGGUCAGACUGGCGGACUAAGUGAGAAGGAGUAUGAUAUGCUCCUGGUGGACUUUGAUAGGAAGGCUAUGGAGGACCGGUAUGAGAGUGGGAGUGGAAGUGAGGAUGAGGACGAGUCGCUGCGCGUGCCAAAGGCACCAACAGAAGAUGAUCCGAUAGUGGAGUAUGAGGAUGAAUUUGGUCGUGUAAGAACGGCAAGGAAGAGCGAAGUACCGCGACACCUUGCCAAGCAAGAUGAGGACGAGCCUCCAGAAGAAGAGUUCGACCCUUAUCUUCUCCGCGGCGCAGAAACGCUGGGUCAUUUUCCGGUCUUUGAGCCUUCAGCAGAACGCGUCGCACAAAUCGCCGAGUCCUCGAAGGAGACCAACCCAGCACAACACUAUGACUCAACGUACGAGAACCGAGCUCGUGCAGCGGGAUUCUACCAGUUUUCGAAGGAUGAAGAGGUGAGGAAGAAGGAGAUGGAGGAGCUGAAGAAGACGAGAGAGGAGACGGAGCGAAGGAGGAAGGAGGAAGGAGUUGAUGAUGAGGAAGAGGACAUUGGUCCUCAACCUGCGGCGGUUGCGGAGCCAGCGGAGGUGCCAAAACCAGAGGAGAAGCAAGGGCCAGUGCUGAGUAAGGCGGCGGAGAAGCGAAAACGCGAGUUGGAAGAACGUCGGCAGUUGAUCGAGGCAAAACGGCGGAAAGUGUUCGGAGAUGAGGAGAUGCAGCGGAGAAAUGAGGCAGCGCGCUUCAAGGCGGCCGACGACUUCCUCGCUGAGCUUGAGCAGGAGAUAUUGAGCAAGGGGAAGGGAAAGGCCAAGUCGCCGGAGUCGUGA